AUGACGUCACGCCCGAUCCCAUGAUGCAAUCCCCUGCAGUGUGUGAGAUCGCAAGGUCCGGUCUUCCGCAUGCAACACUGCGCUCAAGUCGUCUUCAAGACUAGGGCGAUUCUUAAGGAACUUCCGAGAGUCUUACAACUCUCGCACCACCUCACGACAUCGGCCAGGAUGGAGAACGGGCCCGAGGCAACGACGGCGGCGGCGGCAAACGCAGGAGCGGCCGCCGGGGAACCGGCAGUGCAGAAGACCGAAGCACAGCUGAAAAAGGAGGCGAAACAGAAGGCGAAGAUGGAGAAAUUUAAAGCAAAACAGGAAAAGAUGGCUGCACAAAAAGGCGAGAAAAAGUCUGAAGAAAAGAAGGAGAAGAAGAAGGAAAAGGAGGUCGUGACCUACGACAUCCCAACACCCCAUGGGGAAAAGAAAGAUGUGGCCAGUGAGAUGCCCAAUGCUUACAGCCCUAGGUACGUAGAGGCAGCAUGGUAUCCUUGGUGGGAAAAACAAGGCUUCUUCAAACCAGAGUAUGGGAGGAAGAGUCUAACGGAGCCCAACCCCAAGGGCCAGUUUGUGAUGGUGAUCCCCCCUCCAAACGUGACAGGUUCGCUCCAUCUGGGUCAUGCCCUCACCAACGCCAUUGAGGAUAGCAUCACCAGAUGGCACAGAAUGAAAGGAAAGACGACCCUCUGGAACCCCGGCUGUGACCACGCUGGCAUCGCCACCCAGGUUAUCGUGGAGAAGAAACUCCAGCGGGAAGAGGGCCUGUCUCGCCACGACAUCGGCAGGGAAAAGUUUGUGGAGAAGGUCUGGAAGUGGAAAAAUGAGAAAGGAGGGCGGAUCUACGAGCAGCAAAGGCUGAUGGGUAUUUCGGUGGACUGGGACCGUGCAGCCUUCACCAUGGAUGAGAAACUGUGCAACUGUGUGAAGGAGGUGUUCAUCAGGCUGCAUGACGAGGGGAUCAUCUACCGCAGCAACCGUCUGGUCAACUGGUCCUGUCAGCUCAAGUCUGCCAUCUCUGAUAUUGAGGUUGAUAAGAAGGAGAUCCCGGGACGUACCCUCCUGGCUGUGCCGGGGUAUGAGGAGAAGGUCGAGUUUGGUGUGCUGGUGGAGUUUGCUUAUCCUGUGGAGGGAUCAGAUGAGGAGAUCGUUGUUGCCACCACCCGUAUUGAGACCAUGUUGGGAGACACGGCAGUCGCUGUGCACCCGGAGGACGACAGAUACAAGCACCUCCAUGGGAAGUACGUCCUCCACCCCCUACUGGAGCGCCGCAUGCCCAUCGUGUGUGACGACUUUGUGGACAGGGAGUUUGGCACCGGUGCUGUGAAGAUCACCCCUGCCCAUGAUCACAACGAUUACGAGUGCGGCAACAGGAACAACCUGGACUCCAUCACCAUCAUCGGUGAUAACGGGCUCAUGACAGACCAGUGUGGGGACAGGUUCAAGGGCAUGAAGCGUUUCCAUGCCAGAAAGGCUGUGCUGGAGGCUCUGAAGGAGAAGGACCUGUACAGGGGAACCAAGGACAACCCCAUGGUGGUGCCCACAUGCAGCCGCUCGAAGGACGUGAUUGAGCCCCUGCUGAAGCCCCAGUGGUACGUCAACUGUAAGGACAUGGCUGCUGCUGCUGUGGAGGUUGUUCGUAACGGCGAGCUGAAGGUGAUCCCGGACUUCCACGAGGCCACGUGGUACCGGUGGAUGGAGAACUGCCGUGAUUGGUGCAUCUCGCGCCAGCUGUGGUGGGGCCACCGCAUCCCUGCGUACUUCGUCACCGUGGACGACCCCAGCGUUCCUGCUGGAGCUGCGGAUGUUGAUGAGAAGUACUGGGUCAGUGGCAGGGACGAGUCCGAGGCUCGCAGGAAGGCUGCUGAGAGGUUUGGGGUGGCAGAGGACAAAAUCUCUCUCAGACAAGAUGAAGAUGUUCUGGACACCUGGUUCUCCUCUGCUUUCUUCCCAUUCUCCAUAUUUGGCUGGCCAGAACAGACAGAGGAGUUUAAGCUUUUCUACCCCGGGACCUUACUGGAAACCGGACAUGACAUCCUGUUCUUCUGGGUUGCUCGGAUGGUGAUGAUGGGACUCAAGAUGAUCGGCAAACUGCCCUUCAAGGAGGUGUUCCUGCAUGCGCUGGUGCGAGACGCCCAUGGCAGGAAGAUGAGCAAGUCGCUGGGAAAUGUGGUCGACCCGGUCGAUGUGAUCAACGGCAUCACGCUGGAAAACCUCCACAAGCUGCUGGAGAACAGCAACCUGGACCCGAAGGAGGUUGCACGGGCGAAGCAGGGACAGAAAGAGGACUACCCCAACGGCAUCCCAGAGUGCGGCACAGAUGCCCUGAGAUUCGCUCUGUGUGCCUACACUUCACAAGGGCGUGACAUCAACCUUGACGUGUUGCGUGUCCAGGGCUAUCGCUUCUUCUGUAACAAGAUGUGGAACGCAACAAAGUUCGCCCUCACCAGCCUUGGUGAAGGCUUCCAGCCCAGGUUUGAGGCUAAGCUAUCGGGUAACGAGCGCCUGAUUGACCAGUGGAUCCUGAGCCGACUGGUGGCGGCAGUCGACGCAGCCAACCGCGGGUUUGAGAGCUAUGACUUCCCCCUGGUCACAAACGGCAUCUACAACUUCUGGCUCUACGACCUCUGCGACAAGUAUCUGGAAAGCAUCAAGCCCAUUAUCUACGGUAAGGACGAGGCAGCAAAGGAGACGACGCGUCAGACCCUGUACACGUGUCUGGAGGUGGGACUCCGCCUCCUCAGCCCUUUCAUGCCCUUCAUCACUGAGGAGCUAUGGCAACGGUUGCCACGGCGAUCAAAUGAAGCCGCUCCCAGCAUCUGCGUGGCGUCAUACCCAGAGGCAGAGGAGUUCCCAUGGAGACAAGAGACACUGGAAGAAGAGCUGGACUUUGUUCACGAGGUCAACUGUAGAGCUCGGUCCAUCCGGGCAGAGUACAACCUCACCAAGCAGAGGCCAGAACUGUACCUGCAGUGCUCAGACAACUCGGUUGCUGAGAUGCUGAACAAGUACACUGACAUCAUCACCAUCCUGAGUCAGAGUGGAAAGGUCACGACCCUGGUGGACCAACCCCCGCCCGAGGGCUGUGCCAUCCUCACUGUGUCUGACAAGUGUACUGUGCACCUCUUACUUAAGGGCAUGGUGGAUGCCUCCAAGGAGAUUGGUAAGCUUGAGGGGAAGAAGACGACCCUGAAUAACCAGGUGGACAAGAUUCUGCAGGAGAUGAGCAUACCUGACUACGAGAACAAGGUGCCGGAACAGGUCCGCACUAGGAAGGAUGAGAGGAAAACCCAGUUGGAAGGAGAGAUAGAAGCCAUCACCAAGGCUAUUGAGAACUUCCAGAAACUUCUAUGAGCAUCCAGGCUUAGGCUCUUUCAGGUUUCAACUCGACCCCCCUCUCACGGAAUUGGGACCAUCCAUAUUUCUGUAGGGUCAUCAGCUUUUGGGAUAGUCCACCUUGUGGCAAAGGGAUGAAAUAAUGCAAGAUACUUAAUAAGUUUAAGUAUUAGGUACAAAUAUUCAGUACAUGUUGACAUAUAAUUUGGAGAAGACAUUUAUCAUUAUGCAUUCUUUACAUGUACAACUGUUCUAUGGACACAAACCUAAACAAAGCCGUUGAAAAUAUUUUAAGAAAAUGUAGAUACAAGUCAGAAUGUUCGGUUUAGUCUCUUUAGUAACUUUGUAAAUUUGAAAUUUGCAUCACACAUGAUCAACAUUCGUAGGCAUAUUGCCUGUCAUUUAGACUGAUAAUUCCUUAGGUGAUAUUACUUGAAGUUUUUAGAUAUACAGCACAGUAGAAAAGGUAUAAGAUAUUCCUGGAGAAAGAGCUUGUUAGUUGCAAGUCUGUCUCAAAGGCGACUGUAUAAGUUUAGACUACCCUGGCUACAGGUAUGUGAUUUGAGGAACUUG